AUGUCGGACCCUUUAUCGGCUCGAAUUGCUGAACUCUUUAGCCAGUUGCAUUCCUUGACAAAUGAGUUUGUAUCGGCCGAUGUCGAAUCGUCCCAAUUGGAUGCAACGUCUCGUUCAGUACUUCAAAAGCUAUACAGCCUUCUAGGCAUUGAGCUGGGAAGCGUUGCAUUGUCAAAUAUCGACAUUGCUAAACUAUUGGAGAUUUCUGAUACUGUGGCUAAUGAACAAGGAUUCUUACAAAAUGACACUGUCACGUCCCUCGUAAACUAUUACCUGCUUCUUUUGGUUUACAGCCAUUUAUCUCGGACAUUUAUUUCACGGACACUAGAUUCGCUGAAUCAAUUGAGUUAUUGGGACGGACUCCAUUAUUCCACAUCCAGUAAAAUGUUGUAUUUUUUGCAAACUUCUCCAGCACGACUCAUGACUACUUGGUCGACUUUUGACCCCAAACCUUUGCGUGUGGAAACACAGGCUCGUUCUUCUGUGGAGGAAGACAAUAGUGUUUACCAUGCCUACGAAGAGAUGAGAGAUUUUGUUCUCAAAGCCGUUAACAGUAUAAAAGCGGCAAUCCACAAGGUAUCGCCUUCUAUGAUGCUUGAGAAGCAACUGGGACCUAUAAACAUGAUUUCAGCUGUCUACCACAUUCCAUACAGCGUAGCGGCUAAGGAUGUUAGAAGGAACCGUCGUGAUAUUCGUCAUCGUAUGGAUCGUUACGCACGAACCAUAGGCGAGUUGUUGAAUACAGUUCCACAAGAAAAUCCCCAGUCAAUCACAGAGAUCAAUAUUGACAAGUUACUUGGAGCCGCCGAGUCGAUAUUGGAUAUCACCAAAAAAGACGAAAGUGCCUCAAAACGAAUUAAUAAUGUACUUCGUCAAUUGGUUGAAUUCGAGAAAGAAAGCGACACCAAGAACACAGCACCUCCCGGAUUCUACACUCGUUGGUGGCCCGGGUUGGCAUUGGCUAUCAACUUUGGACCAGCAGCUGCUUUCAAAGCGUACCAUAACUGGCGGGACAUCUUACAGUGGUUUCAGCUCAAUUUUGUGGAAACAGUGGUUGGGUUCUGGAACAACUGGGUGAUCAAACCUAUUUCCAAUAUGAUGAGUGUAUUGCGCCAUGAUGACGGAAGCGACCUUAGUAUCACCACAAAAGAGUCGUUACAAUCUGACCUUGAUCUGUUGGAAAGAAUGGUGGUCGACUAUGUGGUGGACUACGAAAAGAAAGACGGAGCUCAGGUUCAGCAAGAAAUUCAUCAUGCCAUCACCAAUGGAAAUCUCACCAUGUUAAUGCUGAGAUACGAGCAAGAUUUACGCAGUCCAUUCAAAGCGGUGAUCAAAGGAUCGUUAGUACGGGCUCUCCUCAUCCAGAUCCAGAAAACCAAGGUUGAUGGCGCCGUUGCUAUUAGUGGCAUUGACAAGCUUCUCAAAUCGCAGCAAUUGGUGUUCGGAGUGGUAUCGAUUUCUCCGUCGUUGGUGAUCUUGUAUCAAGCUUACCAAGCCUUGAGGAGAAUGCGUAGCCGUCCAGUGAGACUUCAUGGCAAGCAGGUGAACAUACUCUGUCUCAAGCUGUUAAACAGUAUCGAAAAAUGGUUGCGAUCCACCAAGGACUCCGAGCUCAUCAACGGCCAUGUCUUUCUCGAAGUAAUUAGACUUCUUCUGUGGACAGACAAUGUUAUCCCUCACCAGCUACAAGAAGAGUGGAGAAGAGACCUACACGAACUCGCCCUGGGCGGGGGAAGAGAUACUAUGGACAGGGUAUGGCGGAUGUACGAGCCCUACUUUCGCUAG